AUGGACGGAAUUCACAUCGACGAAAUGGCUAACACGCAGCCGCACAAUCAUAUGCCGCAGCAUUUCCGUAAGCUCUUGGAUUUUCUCAUUUAGACCCAAAAUCAUUUGAUAUUCAGAUCAGAAGCUCGGAAAACCAACGGAUUUAGGCCAGAAAACGCCGUUGCGUGCCGGUCUCGGAAUGGUCAUCAACGAAUCGAAAACAGUCAGUGCUGAAUGGCUGAAAAGAGAGUUAAUUUGAAUUUGAAUUUUAGCCGGGCGCAAAGUCACUGCAGAGCAUCGCUUCGACUCGCAAAGCGCCGUCGUCGACGAUGAAGAACACACUUCCGAUCGGCGGCUUCGAAAUCUUCCAGGACGACAGCUACGAAGAGGAAGCGGAGCCGGUCAGAAAGAUCCAGGUGAGCACUUUCGGUCUUCAUAAAGGUUCACAUUCUUUCUGAUUUCAGCCGGAGCGUGUGUGUUCUCCGAUCGAUCCAUGCAAUCGAUGGGAUAAUCACGACUCGUUGGCUGCUGAUAUUGCCGAUGAUAUGCUCGAAUGGCAGGACGACGUGAAGCUCUCCGAAGCGAGUCCCACGGGCGUCUAUAUUGAUCCGGCGGGCACGGAGGACGAGGAGCUCGUCGCACUCGAAAUCGAGGAUUGGGACGAGAUUCCGCCGGUGGACACUGCCACGAAGUUCUGCGAUGACUUCAAUUAUGCGAUAAGCGCCGAGGAGUUCGGCCACUGCGAUGACGCGAUUCUCGAGGAGGGCGACUAUCCGCAGUUGUUCGCCGACUUCGACCACAUGGGAAUCGACAAAAAGGACGCCGACAAUUGGUUCGACGACAACGCUUCCGAAGUGGACGAUAUCAGCAUGGAGGCGUUGCUCGAAGAGAUGAAGAACAUUCCAGCAGUCUAA